AAUAGAACGUCCCCACCUACUUCUUCGGUCUGAGAGCCACGUCUUUCCGCGUGAAACCCACCCCGUCGAAUCGGAGACGGAGAUCGUCGCUCUGUCGAUCCAAUCGAAGCGAUCCGCUUCCGCACCUCAACGUCGUCGCCUUCCUAACCGGCAGACAUGGCUGAGGACCGCUACAACAGGAGGAACCCGGCAGUCAAGCGGAUCCUUCAGGAGGUGAAGGAGAUGCAGGCUAACCCCUCCGAUGAUUUCCUGAGCCUUCCCCUUGAGGACAACAUUUUUGAGUGGCAAUUUGCCAUUUUAGGGCCUCGGGAUACAGAAUUUGAGGGAGGCAUCUAUCACGGGCGGAUUCAGUUGCCUGCAGAGUACCCAUUCAAACCACCUUCAUUCAUGUUUCUGACUCCAAAUGGUCGUUUUGAAACACAGACCAAGAUCUGCUUAAGCAUCUCCAAUUAUCAUCCUGAACAUUGGCAACCAUCAUGGAGUGUUCGUACAGCUUUAGUAGCCCUAAUUGCUUUUAUGUCAACCAAUCCAAAUGGAGCUUUGGGUUCACUAGAUUGCAAUAAAGAAGUUCGGCGAGAGCUUGCUAUUAAGUCCCGUGAAACUGCUCCAACAUAUGGAAACUCAGAAAGGCAAAUGUUGAUUGAUGAGAUUCAUCAGUACCUGCUGAAUAAAUCUCCCCCAGUGCCUCAGCUUUUGCCAAACCCAACCACCGAGUCUAGUGAUAGUGCAGUGGGAGAAAUUGAUGCUAUUUCAGAGGACCUUCUGAAUCAACAAAUAGAGGAUAGAGUCGUUGAAGCUGAGAAUGAGACUGGUGCCGCUGCAGAUGCUGGACGCCGAAGUGUCAGCUCAACUACUGAAAUGAAGUCAGGGACACCAACAGUCGAGGUCGGUGAGCAGCACCAAAGGCCUAGAGUUCAGCAAUUGUUCCAAGAUCGCGCUCUCACCUGGGCAGCCAUCUGGCUGGCCAUUGCUAUUCUCAUUCUCCUUAUGAAGAAGUUUUUGAAGUCUAAAAUAGUUGCUGAAUCUAUCAGUGAUUUUUAAAUUGGAGGGACCAUGAAGGAUGUGAUGGGAUUUACUAAUUUACGGUUAUGGAGAAGUACAAAGUUGGACCAUAAACAUCAAAUACUUAUUUGUGUAUAAACUCGUACGAGAUCAACAACAUAUAGACCUGUUACAUUUGUUAUGAGAAAGUGAUGAUGGAUUUGGGUAACUGAUUAGAUCCACCAUUUUGUGGGUAGAUUAUUGUACUAUUAAAGUGAACGAAAAAUUCACUUUCAAUUUAGAGCUGCUUGAGUGAUAAAGAAAA